AUGUCAAUCCUCUAUCUCAUUAUCAACGGGUUACUCGUUAGAGGUCUCACAGUAGGCGCCUCCAAAAUGGGCGUGAUCACGUUGAACGUGGUCUCUCAGGAGAAGGGCACCAAGAAGACGAUGCAGUUCGACCCGUCAACGCUCGUCUUCGACGUGUGCAAAGUGAUUCGCGAGAAAUUGCACAUGAAUGUAGACCCUAAAGAAUAUGGCUUAAUGAGAAUUGUCGACGAUCCGACGAAAUGUGCAUGGUUAGCGAACGGACACUCGUUAGAACAUUAUUUGAUACGUCAUCAGGACACAGUAGAGUAUCGACGAAAAAUUCGUCUGCUAAAAGUGCGAAUGCUAGACGGAUCUGUAAAAACAAUACCUGUAGACGAAAGCCAUCCUGUUGGUCAACUGAUGGUCGGCGUGUGCACCAAGAUAGGCAUAUCGAACUACGAAGAGUACAGUCUGGUCCGUGCAACGGAACCGGAUUCACGAGGAUCUAUGAUGAACUUGAAAGAUGAACGAUCACGUAUUGCGGACGGAGAUACACGAAAGGGAAUGAUGGGUACCUUGGGCAGGAAGAAGGAGCAGAAGCUCGAACAGCUACGUGCUAGUAUCCGGAAUGGAUCGUGGCAAAAAUUGCAUACUGAUGAGGAGAUGGCGUGGGUGGAUCACAGCAAAACGCUAAGAGAGCAAGGGAUUAGCGAAGAUGAGACGUUGCUUCUCCGACGGAAAUAUUUCUUCAGUGAUACAAAUGUGGACAGCCGUGAUCCAGUGCAGUUGAACCUGCUCUACGUGCAAUGUCGCGACGGAAUUCUUCGAAGUUUGCAUCCAGUAACGAAAGAGAUUGCGUGCGAUUUGGGUGCGCUUCAGUGCCAGAUCGAAUACGGGGAUUUCCCGGAGAAUAAGCCAAAAUUCUAUAUUGAAGGUCGUGAUUUUCUGCCGAAAGAAUACGCGAAGAGUAAAGAGAACGAGAAGAAAAUUGUGCAGCGUUAUAAGGAACUCACUGGCACGUCCGAUUUGGAUGCGAAAAGCAAAUACGUGCACUUAUGCCGAGGCCUGAAGACCUAUGGUGUGACAUUCUUCUUGGUGAAAGAGAAACUAUGCGGGAAGAACAAACUUGUCCCACGCCUCCUUGGAGUCAACAAGGAAUGUGUGAUGCGAGUCGACGAAAAGACCAAAGACGUGCUGAAAGAAUGGCCGCUGGAGCAAGUGCGACGUUGGAACACAUCGCCGAGAACGUUCACCUUGGACUUCGGUGACUACCAAGAUGGCUACUACUCCGUGCAGACCUCCGACGGAGAAAAAAUCGGCCAACUUAUUGCCGGCUACAUCGAUAUAAUUAUCAAGAAGAAGUCCAUGCGGGACCACCUGGGAAUUGAAGGCGACGAAGGAUCCACAAUGCUGGAAGAUGUUGUGGCACCCGCAAAAGCGACACUUGUUGCCCACGGGCAAAUCGGUGCAGGUCAACAUGCACAGGAUGGGCAUGUUGCGUUGCGCGGCGUGUUGCGUACGCCACAGCAACAACCGCAGCCUUACGGCUACGGUAUCAACGGAGCACAAUACGGAGCUGUUAGUGGGGAGAUACAGUCGCAGAGUCUUGCGAGGGCGCAACGUCUCCGUAUUCUCGACACCUACGAGCAUCCACAACGUGCAUUGGUUGGUACGAUUGAAGCGACGAUCAAAUCGGUAGCGGAAGCGGAAGAGGAGCUGGAACGCGAGCCGCACAUCGAACUACCGCGAUUCCAUGACGAUUACUCACGAAGGAAGUGGGUCGACGAACAGGUCAUCAUCAACAAAGAGAAUGUCAACGAACGCCUUGCUGCUAUGGGUGCAGCCACCGCACAGGUGGUGCAAUGGACAGCUGUGCAAGAGGAAUACGACGAUCGCGUUGGAACCGCAAUCGCAACGAUUGGAUCUAACCUUCCAGAUGUCGGAAGAAAUGUUCGUGAUCUGGCGCACUUCAUGCCUGAGAGAAGAAGAGAUGAUUUGGUUGAAGCAACUCGUAAACUGUGCGGUGCUUUCGGCGAUUUCCUUCAUGCCGUCAAUCCAGAGCAUGAGGAGAAGCGAACCACAGUGUUGGCUGCGGCUGGACGUGUUGGCGACUUCUCGCAGCAAGUCAUCAACACUAUGGACGAGCCAACGCACGAGCAAUCCUACUUCCACGACCAUCUCGUCCAGAAAGCGAAGAAUGUCGCGACCAGCACGGCUCAACUUGUACUGAGAGCGAAAACAAUCUCAGCGGAUUGCGACGAGCCAGUGCUCCAAGAGAAGGUUAUUCACUCAGCCACUCAAUGUGCGUUCGCGACGUCGCAGCUGGUCGCCUGCGCCCGAGUCGUAGCGCCCACCAUCGAGAGCAACGCAUGUCAGGAACAACUUACAAGUGCCGCUAAGCAGGUAUCGCACGCUGUCACUGAACUCUUACACGAUGCUGAAUACGCUUGUGAGAGGAGUCAUACGGAUGGCAGGCAGUCGUUGGGAGAUAUUCACGAUGCUGCCAGACAGGUCACGCACGCAUUGGAUAGCUUACUGGAGCAUGUGAAGACUUCACCAAAAAUCACGAAAACGACCGAAGAGGAGCAGUACAACGAAGUGCUGCGGACGACUCACAAACUUAUUGCUCACCAGGGUCCAAGCGAAGACCUUACACGUGAGGCCAAGAAGGUCAUCCGACACAGUCAAAUUCUCAUGGAGCAGUUUGAACAUGAAGCUCACGAACGUCCAGAACAUAAAGACAGACUUUUGGCCGCUGCUCGUCGUGUCGCAACCGCCACGAGCGAUAUGAUUGACGCAACGAGAGAAUGCGAAUCGCGUCCGACUGAGGCAGAAUCCGAGAUGGCGCUGCGCAAUGCAGCCGAACGCCUUGUGACGGUUACAAAUGAGACCACAAGCGAACAACAGGCGAAGCACAUCAUGGAGAAACUCGAACAAGCUGCUCGUCAGACUGCGUACGAAGCGACGCAGACAAUUGCGGCCGCUAACGCUGCAAAGGAACUGAUCAAGACCAAGACUACUGUGGAGAAUCUGGUCUACGAAUGUACCGAAACAGCCGAGCACGUGCCGAGAUUAAUCACAUCAAUCCGCGAGAGUCAACAGUCGAAGACGGCAAGUGAAAAAUUCCGCGCGCAGAGUCGUCUUAUAAGGGAUGCGCAUCAGAUUCUCUCGCCAGCUACACGUCUUGUGGAAGUGGCACGCACAUCAGUUGCCCACGUGAGUGAACCUCACAUCGCCUCCAAUCUGCAGCAGACCAGCAAUGGCUUGUCGACUAACCUGGCCGAGCUGAGAACAGCUCUGAAUGCAGCACAACAACUAAACUUUAGUCAACAGCUCAUACACAGCGAAGAACUCAUUAGGGAACUCGAUCAGGAACUGAUAGAAGUUCAUAAAGCAGCACAACUGAAGCAAUUGUCACCCCCACAUGGUGUCACUUCCCAGUCAGCCACUUCGCAUCUGAUGUCAUCAGCAAGACAGGUAGGCAGCAGUAUUGCUCAGUUAGUAUCGGCAGCCACUACCAAAGACGAGCAUCACAUCGGAGCUUCGGCCGUCGAAGCGGCUCAGAGCCUUCGUGCAUUCACCACCGGAGUCACGGAGGUGGUGUCGACAAGGACAGAUGUUCAACUCGACUCGUUCAUCGUCUCUUCACGCUCAGUAGUACACGAUUCAGGAAGAGUAUUCGAUCGUGUACGAGAGCAUGCUACACCCGCAGUUUUGACCGAUGCCGCAAAACAGGUGUCGACAAGCCUUCGCCAAGUCAUCGCCUGUCUUCCUGACAACCAGGUCAUCGAGAAGGCGAUCGCGCAAAUUCGAACCAUUGGUGUGUCGGCUACAGUUCGUGAACCUGACGUUCGCGUUGCUGCGUCGCGAUUCGUGGAUGCGACGUCGCAAUUGCUUGUCGCCGUUCGUUCACCGAACAAUCAAGAAGCGGUGAAUGCGUUCGUCUCCACCUACACUGACUUCCAUUCCGCUGUAAUCGCCUCAGUGAAGAAUCUACCGGACAUGGAGGCUCGACGGCGUACAGUCGAUCAACUGGAAACCGCUAGAGAAGAGUCUGUUACAAUGCUCUCGUACGUGAGCCUUGCAUCAAGCGAUAUCACACAAACGAACACAUUGUCGCAAUCAUCGCGCAAACUGAUUGAGACGGUGAACCAAAUUGUCGAGGAAGUCGGAGUCGAGCAGCCGUGGCAGCGCGAAUGUGACGCGGCGCUCAGACAAAUCCAGGGCAUACGACACCUCACAGAGCAUGCGAACGUACCGGUGAACUCUAGCUCGUACUUCGGAUGUCUGGACAUAAUCACAGAGCAGUCAAGACAUCUAGGCGAAUCCAUGACAGGAAUCGCUCGUAAUGCUAAGGCUAUUGACACCCGUGCCCUCUGUACUAGUGUCAGGCAAUCCGCUGACGCUGUAUGUUCGCUUGCCGAGUCUGCAUCGCAGGCAGCAUAUUUGAUCGGAAUCGCUCAUCCGAAGAGCGUACGCGGGGAGACUGCGAUUAUUGACGCGAGUCGUGUUCGUCGCAGCGGUAUGCUGGUACGUCAGGUGUGCGAACGAAUCGAACAGCAGAAUUACACCCAAGAACAGAUAAUCGAUGACGCCACUGUGGUCGCAAAACACACGUCGAAUCUAGCAAAUAUGUGCCGCGAGGCCUCAGAAAAAUCACAGAAUGUCAACGUCAAGAAAGAGUUCAUCAAUUGUGCGGGAAAAGUCGCCGCCGGCACCGCUAAGCUGAUCACCGCUGUGAAACAGCUGGACAGCCGCCCUAGUGCGGAGGCGCGAGAGAUAUGCACUAUGGCCGCGCAAACGCUGCGAGCAGCUACGGAACAGUUGGAAAGUUACGUGGAUAAUCCGGACUUUGCCGGUAUGCCCGCUCGAAUCAGUCCAUCGGGCCGUGAUGCUCAAAUACCGGUGUUAACCUCAACUAGACAGAUGUUGGAUGCGAGCUGUGAGAUGAUCAGUACGGCAAAACACCUCGCUAUUGCACCGAUGGAUGCUCCUACGUGGCAACGUCUCGCUGACAAUAGCAAAGAGGUCAGCGAGUCGAUCAAAAGAAUGGUCAGCGCAAUUCAUGCGGCCGCGCCUGGACAAGCUGAAAUGGACAGAUGUAUCCGACAACUGGAACAGCUCAUCGUGGACGUGGAACGAAGUUCCUUGGAUAUGAGUGGAGCUCAAAGCCAAGCAUCGUCGACAGCAACCGAGAAACGAAUCCACCAGUCAAUUCUGUGCACUGCCCAGGCUCUUGCCGAGAAGGUCGACGAACUGCGAACAGCAGCUGUGAGCAAGGGUGAAGCUCUACCUCACUGUGUUGAGGCUCACUGGGAAACUGUGCAGCCACUCGCAGCGUCCGCGUGCGAAGCAGCAGCGAUCGCUCGGGAUAGUCGUCAACAAGCGGAACUAUUCGACAAAUGUCGUACGGUAGUUGAAGCUGAGCUGCAGAUGAUGUACGCGUGUCGUGAUGCGGCCGGAAAUCCGAAGGCUACUGAAGCUCAUGCGCGCGUCGACGAAGCUGCUGCUCAAUUAAAGGACGCACUCGACGAUAUAAGAAGCACAGUGAGCGCAAUUAGCAGCGAACAAGGCGUGAUACAAGGAAUGGUUGAGACGAUUUCACAUUCGAUCGCUGGCACCGACAUGAUACAUGUGGCAACGCAAGGAGCGUCGUUUGCUGAUGCUCAGACGAAGAUCAGCGCUUAUCUGGAAGAAAUCAGAAGAACAGCCACUGAUAUGCCUUACGCUGAGCCUCAAACACUUGGUAACAUGGCAUUGAACAUGAGCGAAAAAUACCGUUUACUAGCUGAAGAGGCUAGACAAGCAGUUGCUGUGUUGCCAUCGCCCAGCUUGGCCCAGAAACUGAAAGUGGCUGUUCAGAAGCUCGGCACUUCUUGUAUCGACACCGUAAAAGUAGCCGGACAACGCAGAGCUCAUCCGGCAGAUGAGCGCACUCAUCGUGAACUGACGGACAACUCACGUGUGGUUGUUGAACGUGUGAACGAAGUGCUCGCAUCACUUCAUGAAGGUUCCAAAGGAACGCAAGCCUGCAUCAAUGCCGCGAAUACAGUAUCCGGAAUCAUCGGUGACCUCGAUACGACGAUACUUUUCGCAACUAGUGGAAGUUUGAACGUGACUGGCGAGCAGCGUGACUUCAAUGAGCACAGGGUGGCUAUCAUCAAGACAGCAAAGGCACUUGUCGAGGACACGAAAGCACUGGUAGCCGGCGCUGCUUCGAACCAGGAACAACUAGCGGUCGCAGCUCAAAAUGCUGUCAGAACCAUCGUUAACCUAUCAGAUGCUGUGAAAAAUGGAGCGGGCAGCUUGUCGAGCUCAAACUCGGAGGCUCAGGUGCUUGUCAUUCACGCAGUUCGUGAUGUAGCCGCUUCGUUGUCAGCACUAAUUCAAGCGACGAAAAAUGCCUCGGGAAGAUCGCUACACGAUCCAGCAAUGGGUCACCUGAAAGAAGCGGCAAAGACUAUGGUGUCGAAUGUGACAUCUCUCCUAAAAAUUGUGAAGACUGUCGAAGACAAAACACAGCAGGGCACUAGAGCUUUAGAAGCAGCCAUCGACGCUAUUGGCAUCGAAAUUAAGUCGUACGACCACGAAACUGGCGAAGGCACAUCUGGUCCUUCUGGUGCCACUCCGGAACAUCUCGCACGCGCCACCAAGCGCGUUACCGAUGCGACAACUCGUCUGGCUGGCGCCGCACAAACACUACAACAAAGUGAUGUCAUUGCUGCUGCGAAUCUGGCACGAGCUGCUGUCAGCGAACUGCUGAUUGUGUCGCGAGCAGCUGCGGCAGACGCUGAGUCUGCUGAAGCCAGAUACAGGACACUCGACUCAGGAAGAGAAGUCGCUGCUCAGGUUCGUGGAUUGCUUGUCGCUUUGCACACAGUGCUAGCCCGUAACGCCGACCAGUCUUCACGUCAGCUGCUUCUGGAGGCAUCCAGAGGAGUUGCAAAAGCAGUGAAGGAUCUCAUCGGUUGCAGCGAACUAUUGAAGGGUGAUACAUGGGCUGACCAUGCCGAUCCCACCAUUAUUGCCGAGAACGAGUUGAUGGGAGCGGCCAGCUCAAUUGAGGCGGCUGCUGUGAAGCUGGCCGAGCUUCGUCCUCGUGUGCAACCGACGAAAACCGAUGAGAAUUUAGCGUUUGACGAGCAGAUCCUUAGCGCAGCCAAGUCCAUCACCGCUGCGGUCCAGACACUAGUCAAAGCAGCGUCGUCAGCUCAGCGAGAACUCAUCGCUCAAGGUCGUCUGGACUCUCAUCCACAACAACACAGCGAGGAUUACCAAUGGUCUGAGGGUCUAAUCAGUGCUGCUCGCUUUGUAGUAGCAGCAGUUCAUCAGCUAUGCGAAGCAGCUAACGCUCUCGUGCAGGGACAAGCAAGCGAGGAGAAGUUGAUUUCUGCUGCAAAACAGGUAGCGGCAUCAACUGCUCAAUUGUUGGUUGCCUGUAAUGUAAAGGCUGACAUGGAUAGUCAGGCUAGAAGAAGACUUCAAGGCGCAGGCCACGCUGUGAAGACUGCUACUGAACGACUGGUCAGUUCUGCAAGACAAAAUGUUGUGGAAGACGAGCGGAACAUAGUAAUUUCGGAUCGGCUAGUGAGCGGUAUCGCACAGGUGAUGGACGCUCAGGAGCAAGUUCUGCGUAAAGAGAAGGAGCUAGUCCAUGCUAGGGAACGUUUGGCGAACUUAAACAAGGCACGAUAUGAGCGAGGAGUGUCGCCGGAGGAGUGA